AUGCGACUGUCGCUCAUUGCCACCUUGGCCGCCGCCGCGAGUGCAGCAGCCGCCACGACGCCGCCGCCGUCGUAUCAACUCCUCCCGUCGCUGCGCGACCAAGCCGUGCUGCAGGACGAAUGGGCCGCCGCGCGCCGCGCCGCCAUCCCGGCCCUCCUCCGCAAGCACAAGGUCGACGCCUGGCUGAUAAGCCAGCGCGAGUACGCCGAGGAGACGGUCUUCUGGAGCCUCAAGUCGGCGACGCAGUUUUCGGCGCGGCGGCGCACCACGCAGCUCUUUCUGGCCGCCCCCGCCGCGGGCAACGAGUCGUCGGAUGGUGACACGGCCAGCAGCAGCAGUAGCUCACGGCGCGAGUACACCUGGGUCGACAACACGCCGCGCCUGUGGGAGGAGCUCCUCGCCGUGCUCGAGGCGCACCAGCCCGCCAGGAUCGCCGUCGACGCGCACCCCGAGAUUGCCUUCUCGUCGGGCCUGCACGCCGGCGAGCGGGACGCGAUCACGGCGGCGCUGGGCCCCGCGUGGGCGUCGCGGCUCGUCGUCGAGCCCAUGCUGGCGGUCGAGUACAUUGGCACGCAGGACGUGGGCGGUGAUGACAGCAGUAGCAGCAGCAACAAUAGCCUCCGCAGCGACGGCUCCCGGCUUGUCUGGUACCGGCGCAUGCAGGAGACGGCGUGGGCCAUCAUCGCGACGGGCUUCAGCGAGCGCGUCAUCACCCCGGGGCGCACCACGCCGCGCGACGUCGAGUGGUGGAUGCGCGAGCAGAUCCAGGCCCUCAACUACACGACCUGGUUCCAGCCCGACCUGACGGUCAUCCGCGACCCCGAGUGGCCCGUGGCAGCAUCAGCUGGCCCCCAUUAUAGCAGCAGUAGUAGCAGCGACGACGUUGCCGACGCGCUCAAGGACGAGCCCAUCACCUACGGCGACCUCCUGCACGUCGACUUUGGCGUCACCACCAUGGGCCUCAACACCGACACCCAGCACCUCGGCUACGUGCUGCGGCCCGGCGAGUCCGGCGUCCCCGCGGGCCUGCGCGCCGGCCUGCGCAAGGGGAACCGGCUGCAGGACAUGACGCGCCGCCACAUGCGGCCCGGCCGCACCGGCAACGAGAUCCUGCGCGCGAUACGCGCCGAGAUGGCCGAGGCGGGCAUCGACGGCAAGAUUUACUGCCACUCCAUCGGCGACUGGGGCCACUCCGCGGGGACCGUCAUCGGCAUGACCAACCUCCAAGACAAGGUCCCCGUGCUGGGCGACCUGCCGCUCCUCCCACGCACCUGGUACAGCAUCGAGCUCAUGGCCCGGCACUACGUCCCCGAGCGCAACGCCACGCUGUCCUUCCCCCUCGAGGAGGACGUCUACUGGGUCGACGGCGAGGGGGACGGCGAGGGGAGCUUCGAGUGGGUGUACGGCCGCCAGGAGCGCUUCCACCUCGUGCGGCCCAAGGCCGAGUGGCUGCAAGAGGAGCUCUAG